AUGGCAACUCAGAAAUCAUUGGCAAAUUAUGAGGCCAAGCUAGAAAAUAUCCAAAUUGCAGAGUGUCAUCAAAAGGUUAAGUGUUUUAAAGAAGCUUUGCAGAACCAGAGGGCAACCCUAGGCAUAAAUGGGCAUUCAAAUCUUGCUAGUAUCCAAAAGAGUGCUUAUCUUCAACUUCGCAUGCAUGCAUUAGCAAUCAAGAAACAUAUCAGAGAUUGUCUGUGCCAACAGAAGUUUGAGUUGGAAAGACUGGAAUGCUCAUAUCUGCAGACUCUCAGUGAACAAAGACUUCAAAACCACACAGAAGCAUCUGUGAAGCGACAAGAACCAGGAAUAGCCAAGCUUGCCAGUAGCUACAAUAAUCUGUGUCUGCAAAUUGUAGGCCUCAUACACAAGGGAAAAGCUCCUCAGGGGUCAAUAGCCCCACUCCUGAUCCCAAGGGACUCUUUGUUCAAACUGGAUGUGGAUGAUGAUAUUUGGCAGGAUAUUGGCCUUGGGGAUGAUUCAGAUGGGUUACUACCCCCAUGGUUAGCUGAUGAAAAAGUGCACUCAGGGAUCAGAUCACUCCUUGAGCUGAGGCAUUGUGAAGAAGAGGAAAGGCACCUGUUGCAGGAAAGAAGAGCUUUGACAGAGUGGUUUUCUGAAGAGUGGGGUCAUGUGCAGAAAACCAGACAGAGUGCUGAUGUUGAUCUUGCAUAUGAACUUGACUGCAGAGCAUUGAGACUAGCAGGUCUGUGCAUCUUGUGGAAAAGGCAACUUAGAGGCUAUCCUGGAACACCUAAUGAGAACUGGGGUGCAAGUGAUGAAGAACUGCACAGCAUGGUGCAGGGUGGUCAUGUUAUAUAUAUUGAUGGUGAUAAUGAGGAGAGGUUUGAUGGAUUGGAGUCAGAGGGUGAAGAGGAUGAGGAUGAAGUGAUGGAUGAUGAGUUGCUAAGUGUUGCUGAAGAAUUUGCCCUGGCAGAUGAAUAUCACCAACAAAGUGAUAUGCCAUUGGAAGAAUUCCAUUGGGGAGAAGAAUGGGAGAAUGACCUACUGGAUAUGGAUCCACCAUCAUCUCCAAGUAAAAGAGUUUGA